AUGGCGUCGACCACGGCCUUCAAGGACAGAAAUCUCAUCGCUGUCAUAGGAGAUGAGGACUCGAUAACGGGACUGCUUCUUGCAGGCGUCGGCCACAUCAACGAGCACCAGAGGAAGAACUUCCUCAUCGUAGAUUCUAGUGAGCUCUUUGGCGUAUUCUACAUCAUCUCACACUCACGAAUGAGUCCAGAAACACAAAUAUCGGGGAUCGAAGCUGCGUUCCAGGAGUUCACCCAACGGAAGGAUAUUGCAAUUGUCCUCAUCAACCAGCAUAUAGCAGAGAAGAUACGACCGACAGUGGACCGCUACCAAGAAGCAUUCCCUACAUUGCUCGAGAUACCCUCCAAGGAUCAUCCAUACGACCCUUCGAAAGAUUCGGUAUUGAAGCGCGUUCAGAAGCUUUUCGGCGAGUAG